UAAUUGGUCAACUUGAUUCUUCUAGACUCUUUACUGUAAAUCAGCCAGUGUUCUUCCAUGACGCCCAGGCAACCCGCCAGUAACAAGGAUGGCCUAACCUUGCCCACGGGGCGCGACGUCACCAUGUUAAAGACAUUCUUGGUCUAUAAAGGAGACAUUCUAGUUUAUCUCCAAACAUUAUUUUAAAAAAUUUAGCUGGAAGAACAGAGCUGUUUGAGACCAAUCAAUUAAACCACAAAUGAACAAUGGCGCCGACGAAUGAAAGACAUAUGAACGAUACCUCUAGUAAGGCCUCAGCGAGCCCCGCGGAGCCCAAGGGGAAGCGGCCCCCAGUGCUUGUGGACGGGGUGACUCUGAACGGACCCACGCUGGACAUCCGGGAAGCAGAGAGCUUCCUCAGAGACGCCAUGCCCAUCAUCAUGGAGGAGGCCGUCUGGAAGGCUACUGACGUCAAGGAGAAGGUGUGCGAGUGGCGCUCUCCGGAGCAGCUGAAGGACCUAUUAGACCUAGAGCUGAGGGAAGGAGGCGAGGCACAUCCCCAGAUACUGCAGCGCUGUCGGGAUGCCAUCCGAUACAGUGUCAAGACCGGACAUCCUCUCUUCUUCAACCAGCUUUAUGCAGGCAUGGACCCUUAUUCACUAGUGGGCCGAUUCAUCACAGAAGCCAUCAACCCCAGUCUGUACACGUACGAGGUGGCUCCAGUGUUCCUGCUGACAGAGGAGGCGGUUCUGCAGAAGAUGAUUGAGAUCAUUGGAUGGCAGGAGGGAGGGGACGGCAUCUUCAGCCCAGGUGGCUCUGUGUCCAACAUGUAUGCUGUGAACGUGGCCAGGUACCACCACUGUCCUGAUGUGAAGGUGCUGGGCCUGUCUGCCUUGCCUAGACUGGUCAUGUUUACAUCUCAGGAGUGUCAUUACUCGGUUGCCAAAGCAGCGGCUUUCCUGGGAAUUGGCACCAACAAUGUUUAUGUGAUCCCGUCAGAUAAGAGAGGGAAGAUGAUUCCUGCGGAGUUUGAGAAGCAAGUACAGAGAGCCAAAGAUGAGGGAGCGUUGCCCUUCAUGGUGAACGCCACAGCGGGGACCACCGUACUAGGGGCCUUCGACCCGCUGGAGGAGAUAGCUGACAUCUGUGAACGACACAAUCUAUGGAUGCAUGUAGAUGCAUGUUGGGGAGGAGGAGCCCUGAUGUCUAAGAAACACAGAUACCUGCUGCAGGGCAUUCACAGAGCCAACUCAGUAGCAUGGAAUCCUCACAAGAUGCUGAUGGCUGGUCUACAGUGCUGUGCAUUCAUGGUUCGGGACAAAACGAAUCUUCUCCAGCGGUGUCACUCGGCCCAGGCCUCCUACCUCUUCCAGCAGGAUAAGUUCUAUGACGUCAGCUAUGACACGGGAGACAAGUCCAUUCAGUGCAGCCGCAAGCCCGACGCCUUCAAGUUCUGGCUGAUGUGGAAAGCCAUCGGCACCAAGGGUCUGGAAGAGAGAGUGGACAGAGCCCUCGCUAUGGCCAGAUAUCUGGCAGAGGAGAUCAAGAAGAGAGAUGGAUUCCGUCUUGUGAUGGAGCCGGAGUACACCAACGUCUGUUUCUGGUACAUUCCUCCCAGUCUGAGGGACAUGGCUGACGGACCCGAGUUCUGGAGAAAUGUCCAUGCGGUGGCGCCAGUGGUUAAGGAGCGCAUGAUGAAGAAGGGCUCUAUGAUGGUAGGCUACCAGCCCCAUGGAGACAAGGCUAACUUCUUCAGACAGAUCAUCAUUAGCCCUCAGGUCAGCAGAGAAGACAUGGACUUUCUGCUGGACCAAAUACACAGCCUGGGGAUGGACUUAUGAUCCCACGGGAAUACCUACAAAAUGGCACCCUAUUCCCUCAAUGAGCCCUGGUCAAAAGUAGUGCACUAUACAGGGAAUUUGGGUACCAUUUUGAACAAAACCCAAAUGGUCAUGUUCAGUAGGCACGAAACAGGAGAUCCUGUUUUGAAACUGAGUGAAACGGAAGAGGUGGUACCCCAACGUCCUAUAAGAAGUUUCCAAAUUUCCUAUAAGAAGUUUCCAAACCAUCCUAUAAGAAGUUUCCAAACCAUCCUAUAAGAAGUUUCCAAACCAUCCUAUAAGAAGUUUCCAACCCAUCCUAUAAGAAGUUUCCAAAACAUCCUAUAAGAAGUUUCCAAACAUCCUAUAAGAAGUUUCCAAACAUCCUAUAAGAAGUUUCCAAAACAUCCUAUAAGAAGUUUCCAAACGUCCUAUAAGAAGUUUCCAAAACGUCCUAUAAGAAGUUUCCAAAACAUCCUAUAAGAAGUUUCCAAAACAUCCUAUAAGAAGUUUCCAAACAUCCUAUAAGAAGUUUCCAAACAUCCUAUAAGAAGUUUCCAAACAUCCUAUAAGAAGUUUCCAAACAUCCUAUAAGAAGUUUCCAAAACAUCCUAUAAGAAGUUUCCAAACAUCCUAUAAGAAGUUUCCAAACAUCCUAUAAGAAGUUUCCAAAACAUCCUAUAAGAAGUUUCCAAAACAUCCUAUAAGAAGUUUCCAAAACAUCCUAUAAGAAGUUUCCAAAACAUCCUAUAAGUUUCCAAAACAUCCUAUAAGAAGUUUCCAAAACAUCCUAUAAGAAGUUUCCAAAACAUCCUAUAAGAAGUUUCCAAAACAUCCUAUAAGAAGUGUGUUAACUUGUUCUCUUAUUUGGUGCCCCAGGGCUGUGCAGAAGCCUCAGCAUGUCAUCCUUCCAUUGCCCGUCUCCAUAAAGUGAUCUAACGAUUACCUGUUUCUGCUAUUCACUAUCGAUUCCAUUUGUAAUUCUGAGGACAGGCAGUGUGUCAGUCCAUGAGACUGUAGACACAGUAGCUUGUUGACGGUUUUGAGGGCUCAACUUCUUUAUAGGAACCAGUUUCAGAUUAAAUAAAAAAAACUCAAAAGUCAUUAUCCUUUAUGUCGAUGUGAUUUGUUUUUAGAGUAAUAUAAUAAAUACUGGUAUAAUAUAACUGCUGAUAGAAAACGUGCAACUUUUAGUAAAAGCUGAAAUGUUCUGAAGAGAUUUUAGGAGAUGCGAUUUUAAGCGAUACCGAUUGAUUGUAAGAGAUUUAUUUAAAUAUUAAUAUAUGUUUAUUACUUGAUGAGAUUAAUAUAAUUUAAAUUGAUUUCAGUUCUUUAUUUUCAUUUUGCAUUUUCUCUUUUGAAUUAAUUUUUACAAAUUUUAAAAUCAUUAAAAAAAAAAAUUAAAAACGUAGCACACCUAGUGCCUGAAUACUGUGAGUCCACCUACAUAAAUAACACCUGAAUACUGUGAGUCCACCUACAUAAAUAACACCUGAAUACUGUGAGUCCACCUACAUAAAUCAGACAGAUCCUAAAAUGGCUACCGUUGUUAUGUUUAAUAAACACUUGUUUUUUUUUAGCAACACUUGACUUAAAGCCAACAGAUGAAAUGCUUUCUUGUUUUAAACGGACUCAAAAUGCCUGUUAUUUAGUCAUUACUACGAGACGAUAACCAGACGAUAGAAGUGGUCAAACCUUAAUGCAUUACAGCUGCUUUAUAAUGCAUUAUACCAGUUGGCUUUACAAGGAAGGUGUUUUGUGUUUGUAGCUUGCCGUCAAAGAGAAUGGUGGUUACUUUAAACUUGUACGAAGUUCUGUGUACAAUACUAGGAUACGUUCUGUAGCAUACCUCAUAUCGUAUUCUGGCAAGACAUUCUGUUUUCUCUUGUUGUUUUUGUUUUGUUCCAACAGCAUUUUGUUCAGAUAUGUUGUCUGAAAAAGCCUGUAUGUUGUUUUUUUUGUAGAUGGAGGUUUCACUGAGAACUAUUUAUUUUUCUUUUUCAGUGAAAAUAAAACCAUUUGUUUACUGAA